AUGGCCCUUCACAAGAAAACCUCGUCUGUGUUCUCCUUUAACAAGCUCCGUGAAAAAGUUACCCCUGGCGCUACUACUGACAGAAGUACUGUCUUGGCAAGUGUAAUUGCUGCUUGCAGAAGGCUGUUCUGCCAGCCUCCAAAAGGAUUUGAGAAAUAUUUUCCCAAUGGGAAGAAAACAAAUGGAACUAAAGGUUCAGCUGCAGAAACAAAAGAAGCAAAUCAAGCUAGUGCACGACAGCCUUCUGGGAGUAGCAGUGGAGGAGGUGGCAGCGGUGGAAAAAAAGGUGGCAAGAAAGAAGACACUAACUGGUGGACCAGGUUACAGAAGGGUGACAUUCCAUGGGAUGUCAAGGAGUUCCGCAUGUAUGUUGUGGGAAGCUCGUUUUUCUGGACCAUGGUUGUAUACUACUUCUUCUUCAGGGUCCCUGGGAGAGAAAUCACCUGGAAAGACUUUGUCAAUAACUACCUUUCUAAAGGAAUGGUGGACAGGCUUGAAGUGGUAAACAAGCGCUUUGUUCGAGUGGUCUUUGUUCCAGGAAAAUCUCCUCACGACUGGCAGUACGUCUGGUUUAAUAUCGGUAGUGUGGAUACCUUUGAACGGAAUCUUGAAACUGUGCAGCAAGAUCUGGGCAUAGAAGUGGAGAACAGAUUACCUGUAGUCUACUCAACAGAAAGCGAUGGAUCCUUUCUCCUGAGUCUGCUGCCUACGAUCCUGAUCAUUGGCUCUUUGCUGUACACGUUGAGAAGAGGCCCUGCUGGCUUAGGUCGAGCAGGACGGGGAAUGGGGGGACUCUUCAGUGUGGGUGAAACCACAGCUAAAGUUCUUAAGGAUGAAAUAGAUGUGAAAUUCAAAGACGUAGCUGGCUGUGAGGAGGCCAAGCUAGAGAUAAUGGAGUUUGUUAACUUCCUGAAAAAUCCCAAGCAAUAUGAGGAUCUGGGAGCAAAAAUCCCCAAGGGGGCCAUUCUGACAGGUCCUCCUGGCACUGGGAAGACGCUCCUAGCUAAAGCCACAGCCGGAGAGGCGAACGUACCGUUCAUCACAGUCAACGGCUCGGAGUUCCUGGAGAUGUUUGUUGGUGUGGGUCCAGCUAGAGUCCGAGACCUGUUCUCUCUUGCUCGUAAAAAUGCCCCUUGCAUUCUCUUCAUCGAUGAAAUCGAUGCGGUGGGGAGGAAGAGAGGAAGGGGCAACUUUGGAGGGCAAAGUGAACAGGAAAACACUCUCAAUCAGCUGCUCGUGGAGAUGGAUGGAUUUAACACAACCACAAAUGUAGUCAUAUUGGCAGGGACUAAUAGGCCAGAUAUUUUGGAUCCUGCUCUAAUGAGGCCAGGACGUUUUGACAGACAGAUUUACAUUGGACCCCCAGAUAUAAAAGGAAGAGCAUCUAUUUUUAAAGUCCACCUUAGACCUCUCAAGUUAGAUGCAGUCUUAAACAAAGACAACCUAGCCAGAAAACUUGCUUCACUGACACCUGGAUUUUCUGGUGCCGAUAUUGCUAAUGUCUGUAACGAAGCUGCUUUAAUUGCUGCCAGGCAUCUCUCGGAUGCUAUAAACCAAAAGCAUUUUGAGCAAGCGAUUGAAAGAGUUAUUGGAGGUUUGGAAAAAAAAACUCAAGUACUGCAACCAGAGGAGAAGAAGACUGUAGCGUACCACGAGGCAGGGCACGCAGUAGCAGGAUGGUUUUUGGAACAUGCUGACCCACUCCUAAAGGUAUCUAUUAUACCACGUGGUAAAGGCCUGGGCUAUGCUCAGUAUUUACCCAAGGAGCAAUAUCUUUAUACCAAAGAGCAGCUGCUUGACAGGAUGUGCAUGACCCUGGGAGGACGCGUGUCCGAGCAGAUCUUCUUUGGGAAAAUUACAACAGGAGCCCAAGAUGACUUGAAGAAGGUGACCCAGAGUGCGUAUGCUCAGAUAGUUCAGUUUGGUAUGAAUGACAAGGUAGGGCAGAUCUCCUUUGAUCUGCCCCGUCAAGGAGACAUGGUGCUGGAGAAACCCUACAGCGAGGCAACUGCCAGGCUGAUAGACGAAGAGGUGCGCACGCUCAUUAACACGGCCUACAAGAGGACGCUGGCUCUGCUGCGCGAGAAGAAGGAGGACGUGGAGAAGGUGGCUCUACGGCUACUGGAGAAAGAAGUGCUUGACAAGAGUGACAUGGUAGACCUGCUCGGCCCGAGACCCUUUGCAGAAAAGUCUACUUAUGAAGAAUUUGUUGAAGGUACGGGAAGCCUGGAGGAGGAUACUUCACUGCCAGAAGGCCUUAAAGACUGGAACAAAGAUCGUGAGAAAGAGAAGGAGGAGACAAUAGACGAGCAGGUCGCCAGGCACAUCAGAGGGGUGCCCUUUUAG